AUGCCGCCGAGGUCGUGCGCCUCGUCCACCUCCAGGGCCGUGCCAAGGCUGUUGCCUCCACAACGCUCAGGAACCGUGACAUCCAUCCAUCCAUCCUCGUUUCCCUUCAAGCAAAAAGCAAUCAAGCAACUGCACUGCACCCGGUCAGGGCAAGAGAAACAACCAACACAGAUCCAAUGGCGAUGGCACCCGUCCUCACACGCCGUCUCGUUCCCCGCCACCCCGGCGGGUGGCGCAGCCGUCUUCCGGCCCCGCGGCGCCGCGGCAGGAGCCGGGGUGGUCCGCGCGGCCGCCGGGUCGGCGGAGGGCGGCGGCAAGUGGUGGGCGCCGCUGGUGGGGUGGUCGGGGAAGGCCGACUACCUGGAGGCCCCGGCGCCGGUGGUGGCGGUGGCGCAGGACGGCGCGGCGGCGGCCCGGAGGCAGUUCGUGGGGGGCCUGACGGAGGAGAAGGCCCGCGAGCUGCGGGCGCGGAUGGCGCAGACGGAGUCGUUCCACGACGCCAUGUACCACUCCGCCAUCGCGUCCCGCCUCGCGCGCUCCGCCUAGGGCCAGUAGGCCGCCGCCGCGGGGACGAGGAACUCGCCGGCGCCGCGUGUACAUAGCAGUAGUAGACUGGUAGUGGUAGUCGUUGUCGAGGAGGAACGGGACGGGGUUCCGGUUUUAGCGCGCGACCCCGUUCUGGUCCAUCUCUGAUUCCGCAUUUUACCGUGGAUGUACAGAUGGUGCUGUGAUCUCGGCUUAAUGUGGUUUACAUCAUCACAAACUUUGUUGUUUUGAUCCGAUUGGUGCUUAGAUGUGU